AUGUCCUACGGUAUUAAAGCAGCAGAAAGACUCGCAAACAAAUCAAUUCUCAUCACAGGUGCAUCAUCAGGCAUAGGCGCCGCCACGGCUCGCGAAUUCGCCCAUGCAUCGCGAGGCCAAAUCAGCUUGAUCUUAGGGGCCCGUCGACAGGAACGACUCCAACAACUUUCCCAGUCAUUAACCACGGAAUACCCUAAUAUCAAAGUCCACACUGCGUUUUUAGACGUCACUAUCAAAGAUAGCAUUCGUGAAUUCGUCAAUGGGAUUCCAGGUACUCCUGAUGUUCUUGUCAACAAUAGUGGGAAAGCCCUUGGUCGGGCAAACGUUGGUGAGAUUACCGAUGAAGAUAUUCGAGGUAUGAUGGAGACAAAUGUGGUCGGGUUGAUUAAUAUGACCCAGGAGAUCUUGCCCAAGAUGAAACAACGUAACACGGGAACUAUUUUCAAUGUCGGCAGUAUUGCAGGUUGGGAUGGGUAUGUUGGUGGUAGUGUUUAUUGUGCUCUGAAGGCCGCUGUGCGGUACUUUACUGACUCGUUGAGAAAGGAAUUAAUUGAUACGAAAGUUCGAGUUUUGGAAGUCAACCCUGGUGCUGUGUUGACCGAGUUUUCUUUGGUUAGAUGUAAAGGCGAUGAACAAGCCGCGGAUAAAGUUUAUGAGGGAACCGAACCAUUAACUGCAGAAGACAUUGCUGAGAUUAUUGUGUUUGGAAGCUCAAGAAGGGACAAUACGGUGAUUGCUGAGACUAUAGUGUAUCCCCAACAUCAAGCAUCGCCGGUGCACAUAUAUAGGAAAUGUUAA